AGCUUUACUAUACUGUCCGCCUUAUGACCCUGGAGCACAGCUCUAGCCAGUUUGAAUUAGUUAGGAUUGAUUUUGAGAGGAGUAAGGAAAAACCGAAUAAUCAAAUAAUUCCUGACACUGUAUAUCUAUGCAAACUUUUCAAGCAUUGUCAGACAAAUAGCUUAUGGUUGACUAGGAAUGAUAUGCUUCAUGUGGAAACAUCACGCAUAAUUAGGUUGGUUAUCAAUAACAGAUUGAAUAGCAACUAUGAACAUGAAGAUUCCAAGCUUUUGAAGACUUUGGAGUCUACUCAUCCCUGACGCACCAUUUCAGCAAUUCACUUUCUAUCAGUCGUUCUAACGGAUGAUUAAGAUGUCGCUGUUUUACGCAGCCUUGGUGUUUGGUCUUAUCGGCCAGAGCCUUGCAGAUCUUUCUUCAGAGUACGACCAUUUCGUUGCAUUAGAUCCUUCACAGAAGAUUAAACUCUACUGGACUGUGAACCAAGCUGAAGAGAGCAUCUCGUUUGCUGUGGAGGCCGUUACUACUGGAUGGUUUGGCCUUGGAUUCUCACCCAGUACUGGUAGAAUGAAGGGAGCUGAUAUCGUGAUUGGAUGGGUAAAGGAUGGAAAACCGUAUUUAACGGACCGAUAUGGCGAAGGUUACUUCGUACCCGCGAUGGAUGACUCACAGGAUUACAAACUCAUUUCAGGCACGGAAAAAGACGGUAAAACAACGAUGAAAUUUAGCMGAAAGAUUGACACUUGUGACCGUCAAGAUUAUAAAUUUGAGGGUGGAACGACUAGAGUGAUUUUUGCGUAUCACGAGGAAGAUCCCACCUCUGACACCAACAUGAAGAAGCAUUCUGAUAAAGGAUCAAGAAGCAUUCUCCUGCUAAACUUUGUGAAAACAUCGAAACCCGAUCCAUCUUGGAAAAAACUAGAUGUACUAAUGGACAAUUUGACAAUUCCAAAACUCCAUACCAGCUACAUGUGCAGACUUUUCAGGCUUCCCGAUUUUGGAGGAAAGAAACACAUUGUGAGGUUUGAGACCGUAGUCCAACCAGACAACGAAGGCUUCGUUCAUCAUUUACUCAUCAAUGAAUGCAAAGGAAAAGUUCCUGAUCACCUGCUUAGCUACACUGGAAACUAUCUCGACUAUGCCAAUAUGCCCGCAGAGAUCUUGAAUUGUAAAUUAGGGGACAUCAUGUAUGGCUGGGGUGUUGGUGCUGGGCCGUUUGUGUAUCCUGAACACGUUGGGUACCCUGUGGGAACGAACGACAGUGGCUCGGUAAUUAUCAUGGAAAUUCAUUACGACAAUCCUAAAAACGUAGAAGGACGGCUCGACAAUUCCGGAGUAACGCUCUACUAUACGUCUGAUGUGCGUACAUACGAUGCUGGUACUUUCAAUGUGGGGGAUGAAGCUACAUCAUGGAUGGUAAUACCACCCAACCAGGAAAACUGGACCACUACAGGAUAUUGUAGAAAAGAAUGCACCCAAAAGGUCCUUGAAAGCAGUCCACUUCCUGAGAAAGGAAUCAAAAUCAUUUCUUCAUAUUUACACACACAUGUAGCAGGUCGUGCCAUCUGGACCCAACACAUCAGGGACGGUGUUCAGCUACCAGAUAUUGCAAGAGAUAACAACUAUGAUUUUAACUUUCAGGAGAUGCAAAUCCACCCUAAAGAGAUUCACUUCCAACCCGGUGACGAGAUAAUUCAGCAGUGCAAGUACAAUACCAAAGGUCACACCACAGCUACAUUUGGAGGCACUAGUACCUUAGACGAAAUGUGUCUUAACAUCAUGACGUAUUAUCCACGGUUAAGAGAACUGGGUUCAAGCUGCAGCAGUAGCAACAUGCCAGCAGCAUACAGGUUUCUCGAAAAAAACUUCCCGUCSUACAAAGCUCAUUCCAACAGGUGGUACAACCCUCUUGUGGCAGCUAAACCCAACUGGACCGACGAACUGACAAACGAUUUGAGAAAUUUCCUCGAUAAAGAAAACUUGAUAUCAGACUGCUCAAACAAAGCAAACCCCAGUAACUUUGCAGAACGGAUUAACCCAAAGAACCUGAGCAAUAAGACUGCGUUCAACAAGCCAUAUCAACCACCACCUUCGGCUUGUGACGUAAACAGUUCGUCGACGGCUUUGCGAGUCAACAUAAUACAUCUUUCAUUGGAUGUCUGGUUUAUUUGGGCUCUUGGAGCUGGCGUUCUCUCGCGGUAGUUCAAAACUUUGUUUACCGUGUUCUGGUUGAACACUAUCUGAGUCGCACUUCAUCUACAUGAUCACUUAGCUCAAUGCAGUGUUAAUGAUCACCAUAUGAGAAAACGUUGAUGCUUAACUGAAGUCAGACCGACUGAACUUCAAUGAAGUUUCUUCAGUUUUAUCUUUGCACAGGCGCACUCCCUACUUGUUUUUGAUACUCGCAAUAGUUGUUUCUUUAGGCUCUGGCUGAAGGAGGAAACAUGUUUACCCCGCGCAUGUUUCCUCGAUGUUUCCAGUUUAGCCACAUGCGAAAAAUUGCUGCGUGCAACAAAUUUUGCUUCCAAGACGCUGUGCGGCAAAAACAUUUCA